UCAAGACUCAUUCCUCAACACAAAAAUGGCGACAUCAUUCACUUCUUCUCUGCUUCUUCCUUCAGAAUUUUCACCAAAAAGGUCAUCAAGAGCUCCAAGAAGUACUGCAACGCUGGCAAUGAAAAGAGAGGCACAUGAUAAGAACCACUACAAUGGUUCGCGUCUUGUAGAUGAGAACUUGAUAGUCCUUCGAAAGAGAAUUCACGAGAUAAAGAUUAUUGAGAGGAAUUACGAGCCCCCUGCUGAAUGGAUGGACUGGGAAAAGAGCCUUUACGCGGAUUACGAUUUGAAUAUUUGUGAAGCAAUGGGAUUAUUGCAGGCCCAAUUGAUGGAUACAAGGCCAGGUUUGGUUUUGGGCAUGGUUGCACUCAUUGCAUUAAGUGUGCCGACCUCAACUGCUGUGAUUUUGUUUCAUUUGUUAGAGUUAGCAAAAGGGGUUUUGGCUGGACUACAUAUUCAUUAAAAAUUCCCCUUCAUAGUUUCUUCUUUUAUGUGUACAUUGAUACUACAAACAUUAGGACAAAAAAGCUCUAUUCUUUUCAUUCUUUAUUCAAUACUGUAUUUGGAUGUGUAAGCUGUGCCUGGUUUGGGCAAAGGUUCUUAAAUAUUCAUAGAUACGGGUUGUAAUUUUUUUUAUUUUUUUUUUUAUAAAGAUUAGU